GUCCGUCCGACUGCUACUCUCAUUGAUGCGCACCGAUUUUGAAAAUGCGGUCUCAUGCCGUAGAGGAUGGUUUAGAAAAGGUGAGGCUCCCUAGUAUAUAUAGGUAGCACUACUCUGGAUUGUUCAUUGCUCAUACAAAUCACCUGCUUCAUACACUAGAACUUUAUGGAGAGAACCAUGAGAGUUGUUUUACUACUAAUCAGGUUUCUAGCCAUUGCAACCAUUACAUUCAGUAUUGGUUUAUGCAAUGGAAAUCCCGGUUGGCCUCUACUUUGCAAAGAAAGCGAAAGGCAAGCACUUCUGAUGUUCAAGCAAGAUCUCAAGGACCCUGCCAAUCGGCUUGCAUCGUGGGUUUCAGAAGAAGAUUCAGACUGUUGCAGUUGGACAGGUGUUGUCUGUGAUCACAUAACCGGCCACGUCCACGAGCUGCACCUUAAUAGUUCUUAUCACUCUUUUUUGGAUGUCAAAUCUUCGUUUGGUGGUAUGAUAAAUCCUUCUUUGCUCGGUUUAAAGCAUCUCAACUUCUUGGACUUGAGUUACAAUCAUUUCAAUGGAACACAAAUUCCUAGUUUCUUUGGUUCUAUGACAAGUUUAACACACCUUAACCUUGCAUACUCAGAGUUUUAUGGAAUAGUUCCUCAUAAAUUGGGAAAUCUCUCUAGUCUACGAUAUCUCAAUCUCAGUAGUUACUAUAAUCUAAAGGUAGAGAACCUUCAGUGGAUUUCUGGUCUUUCUCUGCUGAAACACUUGGACUUGAGUUCUGUAAAUCUUAGCAAAGCAUCCGACUGGUUGCAAGUUACAAACAUGCUCCCUUCUUUGGUAGAGUUAAUUAUGUCCAGUUGUCAACUUGAUCAAAUUCCCCACCUACCCACCGCAAAUUUUACUUCCCUGGUCAUUCUUGAUCUUUCUUUCAACUUUUUUAAUUCUUUGAUGCCGAGGUGGAUUUUCAGUAUUAAAAAUCUAGAUUCUCUUCGUCUCACUGAUUGUGAUUUCCAAGGUCCAAUUCCUAGCAUUUCACAGAAUAUCACAUCUUUGAGGGAAAUUGAUUUGUCAUUCAAUUCUAUUAGUCUUGAUCCGAUUCCAAGCAGUAUUCAGAAUAUGACUGGUCUUAAAAUUCUUGAUCUCAGUCAGAACGACUUCAAUUCUACCAUACCUGAAUGGUUGUAUAGCUUGAACAAUCUCGAGUCCUUAUUUCUUUCUUUCAAUGCCUUACGUGGUGAAAUAUCGAGUUCCAUUGGAAACAUGACAUCCCUUGUCAAUCUAGACUUAAAUUAUAAUCUGUUGGAAGGGAAAAUCCCAAAUUCUUUGGGACAUCUUUGUAAGUUGAAAGUUCUUGAUCUGUCAGAGAACCAUUUCACGAUUCAAAGACCAUCUGAAAUCUUUGAAAUUUUGUCCAGAUGUGGUCCAGAUAGAAUAAAAUCAUUGUCAUUGAGGAAUACUAAUAUAUCAGGUCCCAUUCCAAUGUCCCUAGGAAAUCUGUCAAGCUUAGAAAAAUUGGACAUAUCUGGAAAUCAGUUUAAUGGAACUUUCACAGAAGUUAUUUGUCAACUCAAAAUGCUAACGGAUUUGGAUAUAUCUUAUAAUUCGUUCGAAGGUGCAGUGUCAGAAGUUUCUUUUAGCAACCUUUCAAAGUUGAAGCAUUUCAUUGCAAAUGGAAACUCAUUUACUCUGAAAACUAGUCGAGAUUGGCUUCCUCCUUUUCAACUUGAAAUUUUGCAAUUGGAUUCAUGGCAUCUGGGAUCUGAAUGGCCAAUGUGGUUGCGGACACAAACACAAUUAAAAGAACUAAGCUUGUCUGGUACAGGAAUUUCAGGUACCAUUCCAACUUGGUUUUGGAACUUAACUUCCCAAGUAGACUAUCUGAAUCUCUCUCACAAUCAGUUGUAUGGGCAGAUUCAAAAUAUAUUUAGUGCUGAAGGUUCAGCGGUUGAUCUUAGUUCUAACCAAUUCACUGGUGCAUUGCCUAUUGUUCCCACCUCAAAAUUAAAUUUGCUAGAUCUUUCCAAUUCAUCAUUUUCUGGAUCUGUUUUCCACUUCUUCUGUGAUAGGCCGGAUCCGGAUAAACCAAUGUAUUAUUUUUUUGUUCUUCAUCUCGGGAACAAUCUUCUCACUGGAAAAGUACCCGACUGUUGGAUGAGUUGGCAAAGCUUGGUAGUCCUAAAUUUAGAAAACAACCACCUAACUGGGAAUGUCCCAAUGUCCGUGGGAUCCUUGCAAAGACUGAGUUCGCUGCACUUGCGCAAUAAUCACAUGUACGGAGAAUUGCCACAUUCCCUACAGAACUGUACCGAGUUGUCGAUUGUUGACCUUAGUGGAAAUGAGUUUGUUGGAAGCAUACCAAUAUGGAUUGGGAAAAGCCUUUCAGGGUUGCAGAUUCUGAACCUUCGUUCGAAUGAGUUUAAAGGAGACAUUCCUCAUGAAGUUUGUUAUUUGAAAAGGCUCCAGAUAUUGGACCUUGCACGUAACAAACUCUCAGGAACGAUACCAAGAUGCUUCCACAAUUUGAGCACCAUGGCUGAUUUGUCAGAAUCAUUUGGGUCAAUAUCGUUUGGGUUUGGGAGUUCUGUAGUGGAAUUUUCAUUUGUAGAGAAUGCAAUCUUGGUAACGAAAGGGAGAGAAGUAGAAUAUAGCAAGAUUCUGGGAUUCGUAAAAAGCAUGGACCUUUCAUGCAACUUUUUGUCUGGAGAGAUUCCUGAAGAACUUACCAGCCUCAUGGAAUUGCAGUCGCUCAAUUUAUCGUAUAAUAGAUUCACCGGAAGAAUUCCUUCAAAGAUUGGUAAUAUGGCAAAGUUAGAAUCUCUCGAUUUUUCCAUGAACCAACUCCAUGGUGGAAUUCCUCCAAGCAUGACGACUUUGACAUUUCUGAGUCACUUGAACUUAUCCAACAACAAAUUGACAGGACGAAUUCCGGAAAGCACUCAGCUGCAGAGCCUUAAUCAGUCUAGCUUCGUCGGCAAUGAACUCUGCGGACCUCCACUCAACAACAAUUGCAGCGCGAAUGGAGUAAUACCACCACCAACAGUCGAGCAAGAUGGAGGGGGAGGAUACCAUAUACUCGAAGACGAGUGGUUCUACGUGAGCUUGGGAGUUGGAUUCUUUACGGGGUUUUGGAUUGUGCUUGGUUCUUUGCUGGUAAACAUGCCAUGGAGCAUUUUUCUUUCGGGAUUGCUGAAUAGGAUAGUUCUUAAACUUUAUCAUGUAAUUGUUGAAUAUGUUUAGCUUUCUUUCGUAUUUGAGUGAGUUUGUUGUAGUGUAUGAUUUUGUCAAGUUUCAACUUUUGUUUUAUUGUAGUUUUGUUUGGCUUAAAAGUAUUAUCCCCUAUAAAAUAAAAAGACUCUUCUUCUGAACAA